GGGCGGGGAUCCCCUGGGGGUGCAACCUUGCUCCACCUGUGCUGCCCUCGGCCGGCCUGACUGGCCUCGCGCAGAGCCGCGGCCCCGAUCGCUUUCACUGUCGGAGUUCUUGAGGCCAAAUCUGGCUCCUAAAAAACAUCAAAGGAAGCUUGCACCAAACGCUCUGCAGGGCCGCCUCAGAAGCCUGCCAUCACCCACUGUGUGGUGCAGAAUGGCGCCCCCCACAGGUGUGCUCUCUUCAUUGCUGCUGCUGGUGACAGUUGCAGGUUGUGCCUGUAAGCAGUGCAGCGAGGGGAGGACGUAUUCCAAUGCAGUCAUUUCACCUAACUUGGAAACCACCAGAAUCAUGCGGGUGUCUCACACCUUCCCUGUCGUAGACUGCACAGCCGCUUGCUGUGACCUGUCCAGCUGUGACCUAGCCUGGUGGUUCGAGGGCCACUGCUACCUGGUGAGCUGCCCCCGCAAAGAGAACUGUGAGCCCAAGAAGAUGGGCCCCAUCAGGUCUUAUCUCACUUUUGUGCUCAGGCCUGUUCAGAGGCCUGCACAGCUGCUGGACUAUGGGGACAUGAUGCUGAACAGGGGCUCCCCCUCAGGGAUCUGGGGGGACUCACCUGAGGAUAUCAGAAAGGACUUACCCUUUCUAGGCAAAGAUUGGGGCCUAGGGGAGAUGUCUGAGUACUCAGAUGACUACCGGGAGCUGGAGAAGGACCUCUUGCAACCCAGUGGCAAGCAGGAGCCCAGAGGGAGUGCCGAGUACACGGACUGGGGCCUACUGCCAGGCAGCGAGGGGGGCUUCAACUCCUCUGCUGGAGACAGCCCUGACGUGCCAGCGGAGACACAGCAGGACCCUGAGCUCCAUUACCUGAAUGAGUCAGCUUCAACCCCUGCCCCAAAACUCCCUGAGAGAAGUGUGUUACUUCCCUUGCCGACUACCCCAUCUUCAGGAGAGCUGUUGGGGAAAGAAAAGGCUUCUCAGCUCCAGGAACAAUCCAGCAACAGCUCUGGAAAAGAGGUUCUAAUGCCUUCCCAUAGUCUUCCUCCAGCAAGCCUGGAGCUCAGCUCAGCCACCGUGGAGAAAAGCCCAGUGCUCACAGUCACCCUGGGGAGUACAGAGCACAGCAUCCCAACACCUCCCACUAGCACAGCCCCCUCUGAGUCCACCCCAUCUGAGCUACCCAUAUCUCCUACCACUGCUCCCCGGACAGUGAAAGAACUUAUGGUAUCGGCUGGAGAUAACCUAAUUAUAACUUUACCGGACAAUGAAGUUGAACUGAAGGCCUUUGUUGUGCCAGCGCCACCUGCAGAAACAACCUACAACUAUGAAUGGAGUUUAAUAAACCACCCCAUAGACUACCAAGGUGAAAUAAAACAAGGACACAUGCAAACUCUUAAUCUCUCUCAAUUGUCCAUCGGACUUUAUGUCUUCAAAGUCACUGUUUCUAGUGAAAAUGCCUUUGGAGAAGGAUUUGUCAAUGUCACUGUUAAGCCUGCCAGAAGAGCCAACCUGCCACCUGUAGCCGUUGUUUCUCCCCAACUGCAAGAGCUCACUUUACCUUUGACAUCAGCCCUCAUUGAUGGCAGCCAAAGUACAGAUGAUACUGAAAUAGUGAGUUAUCACUGGGAAGAAAUUAACGGGCCCUUCAUAGAAGAGAAGACUUCAGUUGACUCUCCCAUCUUACGCUUGUCUAACCUUGAUCCUGGUAACUAUAGUUUCAGGUUGACUGUUAGAGACUCGGACGGAGCCACUAACUCUACAACUGCAGCCCUAAUAGUCAACAAUGCUGUGGACUACCCACCAGUUGCUAAUGCUGGACCAAAUCACACCAUAACUUUGCCCCAAAACUCCAUAACUUUGAAUGGAAACCAGAGCAGUGACGAUCACCAGAUUGUCCUCUAUGAGUGGUCCCUGGGUCCUGGGAGUGAGGGCAAACAUGUGGCCAUGGAGGGCGUGCAGACACCAUACCUUCAUUUAUCUGCAAUGCAGGAAGGAGAUUAUACAUUUCAGCUGAAGGUGACAGAUUCUUCACAGCAACAGUCCACUGCUGUGGUGACUGUGAUCGUCCAGCCUGAAAAUAACAGACCUCCAGUGGCUGUGGCCGGCCCUGAUAAAGAGCUGAUCUUCCCAGUGGAAAGUGCUACCCUGGAUGGGAGCAGCAGCAGUGAUGACCACGGCAUUGUCUUCUACCACUGGGAGCACGUCAGAGGCCCCAGUGCAGUGGAGAUGGAAAAUAUUGACAAAGCAAUAGCCACUGUGACUGGUCUUCAGGUGGGGACCUACUGCUUCCGUUUGACCGUGAAAGACCAGCAGGGACUGAGCAGCACGUCCACCCUCACUGUGGCUGUGAAGAAGGAAAAUAAUAGCCCUCCCAGAGCCAGGGCUGGUGGCAGACAUGUUCUUGUGCUUCCCAAUAAUUCCAUUACUUUGGAUGGUUCAAGGUCUACUGACGACCAAGGAAUUGUGUCCUAUCUGUGGAUCCGGGAUGGCCAGAGUCCAGCAGCUGGAGAUGUCAUUGAUGGCUCUGACCACAGUGCGGCCCUGCAGCUUACGAAUCUGGUGGAGGGGGUGUACACUUUCCACUUGCGAGUCACCGACAGUCAGGGGGCCUCGGACAUGGACACUGCCACUGUGGAAGUGCAGCCAGACCCUAGGAAGAGUGGCCUGGUGGAGCUGACCCUGCAGGUUGGUGUUGGGCAGCUGACAGAGCAGCGGAAGGACACCCUUGUGAGGCAGCUGGCUGUGUUGCUGAACGUGCUGGACUCGGACAUUAAGGUCCAGAAGAUUCGGGCCCAUUCGGAUCUCAGCACCGUGAUUGUGUUUUAUGUACAGAGCGGGCCGCCUUUCAAGGUUCUCAAAGCUGCUGAAGUGGCCCGAAAUCUGCACACGCGACUCUCAAAGGAGAAGGCUGACUUCUUGCUUUUCAAGGUCUUGAGGGUUGAUACAGCAGGUUGCCUUCUGAAAUGUUCUGGCCAUGGCCACUGUGACCCCCUCACAAAACGCUGCAUUUGCUCUCAGUUAUGGAUGGAGAACCUUAUACAGCGUUAUAUCUGGGAUGGAGAGAGCAACUGUGAGUGGAGUAUAUUCUAUGUGACAGUGUUGGGUUUUACUCUUACUGUGCUAACAGGAGGUUUCACUUGGCUUUGCAUCUGCUGCUGCAAAAGACAAAAAAGGACUAAAAUCAGGAAGAAAACAAAGUACACCAUCCUGGAUAACAUGGAUGAACAGGAAAGAAUGGAACUGAGGCCCAAAUAUGGUAUCAAGCACCGAAGCACAGAGCACAACUCCAGCCUGAUGGUAUCCGAAUCUGAGUUUGACAGCGACCAGGACACAAUCUUCAGCCGAGAAAAGAUGGAGAGAGGGAAUCCAAAGGUUUCCAUGAAUGGUUCCAUCAGAAAUGGAGCUUCCUUCAGUUAUUGCUCAAAGGACAGAUAA